AUGCCCCCACCACCACCUCCUCCUCCGCCGCCCCCUCCUGGCGGUGGUGCUCCUCCGCCUCCUCCCCCAGCAGGGAACUUACCUAUGAGACCGCCAGGCGCCGGGAAAGACAGGGGCGCCUUACUCUCAGAUAUUUCAAAAGGCACAAAGUUGAAAAAGACCGUUACCAAUGAUAGGUCAGCACCGCAGAUAGGUGGCGGAGGGGUCAAGUCGUCUGGCCCUCCUCUCGGAGCCGCGCCUCCUGUACCUGGAAUGAAGAAGCCUCCCAGCGGACUUGCUCCCCCAGUCCCGGGGCAAGGCGCGAAUCGGGCACGAAGCAGCAGUGAUGUAGGCCCUGGGAGCGAAGAUAGUACAGCGGCUCCAGCUGCACCUCAACUGGCUGGGCUAUUUGCGGGAGGAAUGCCUAAGCUCCGCAGUCGAGGAGGUGUUGAUACUGGGGCCAACCGUGAAUCAUCCCCAUACCUAUCAGAUUCAGAGACGUCGCGAGCGCCCAAGCCUCCCGUUGCAUCGGCCCCGAAAGCCCCUGGAGCACCUCCCCCUCCCCCGCCCUCUACGGAGGCACCGCCAGCUCCGCCCGUUAAUCCUUUGGUUGCAAAUCUCAAGAGACCUCCUCCGCGGCCGGGCUCGAGACCAGCUUCGACAGUAUCCAAUGCUUCGGCCAAAUCAGCGCCCGAAGCUCCGCCACCACGCGCACCCCCGCCCUUACCAGGUUCAUCAAAACCACCGGUCUCAUUGCGAAAGCCCUCAACUCCUGCUCCACCACCUCCACCUCCCUCCGCUAGUCCAGCUGCACCACCUCCACCACCCCCUGCAGCGGCCGCACCUCGACCACCUCCACCACCUCCUACGCGUCCCACUCCACCACCACCCCCUCCGUCUGCUACAGCUCCACCAUCACUCCCCAAUGGAGCGUCUCCGGCAUCUCUAGCAGUUCAGGCUGCGCGGAAUGCUCUUGGACACAGUAGUCAGACCCCGUCAAUACCUCCCCCUCCGCCUCCCCUUCCGGCUGCCUCAGCGCCUUCUGCUCCUCCCCCUCCUCCUCCAUCUGCUCCUCCGUCCGCCCCCCCAUCCGCCCCUCCAAGCGAACCACCAUCGCGACCACAUUCCCACGAAACUCAGUCCAGCCAUAUACCAGACCGCUCCAGUCUGGCCCCUAGUGCUUAUACUCUAUCCAAUGGCGGUUCAUCACCGGGCUCAAGUGCCACCAGCUUAGGGGCACACGGGAUCGUCCGCAUUGAAGAUUCCAGAUUCAAAUUCCAGAAUGAGGGGCUAUUUCCAAAGCCACGACCGUUCGUUGGUGGUACCAAGCGGUACCGCGCCGGUAGGGGAAGCAGUGUGCCGUUGGAUCUCAGCGCGUUAAGCGGCUGA